UGAAUGACUGAUUUUGAAGAAGUAUGUGGUAUCUGUGCUCACUGAGAAUGACUGAUUUUGAGAAAUCAGUGUUAAACUCCUUUGAAUGUUGAAAUUCCCAACAGAAAAUCCUCUGGGAAGAAUUUUUGGUUCUACCCAAACCCAAGUAGUCAGACUGCUUUUGUCCUGAAACCCAAAUGAUGCAGCUGAACAGAACCGCCCCUGUUGACUGGGUCACAGGUGGGCCCAGCUGUCACCUGUCCACACACCCACUGCCUGGUCCCAAGCAAGCACCCUCCCACGUAUGGGAAAGAGGGGGAAACAUACAGAUAGGGCCAGCCGCAUUGCCAAGAUGAUCACAUUCUCAUUGUUGUUGCUAGUUUGGGUUUUUCUGGAGUGUAUAUUUAACUUGUUGAUUUUUUUUCUCUCUGAUGUGUAAUUGUUGUUAUACAUUAACUUAAUGCCAGGCAGCAGCAUGAACCUACAAAUCACACUGGUGGGUUUUUGUGUUCUGUGCAGGACAAAGUUCAAAGCUCUGAUAAUUUCAUGGUCUGAGCUCUCCUGCUGAGCGACCAGGACCUAAAAUAAAUUCAUCCCUACUGUGGUGUGACCUCGGUGGUGGCCUUUUGAAGACUUGGAAAGGCGGUGACCACGACCGCGGAGCCCGAUGUGCACGGCAGGCGGGAAGGCCAGGCCGGCGGCCUCGGGGAGGAAGGCGUGCGCGCGGAGCCGGGGGACACGGAGGCGCGCGUGGGUCUGAACCGCGCUGCCCUGUGCCCGUGGGCUCCCGGCCGCCAGACCAUGACCACGGCCCAGAACGGCCACGGGCGCAGAGCUGCGGUCCCCGGUCCCAUCUCUGAUCCCAAAGACCCCGGCAUGGUGACCUACCCGGCGUGUCGCCACGGCGGCUGCGGCGGCGCGGGCGCCCGGGAGGCGCGGCUCAGCCCGGCCCGCCUCCUGCGCCUCUUCUCCGCCGGCGCGAACAGGACGCGCGCCGACCCCGAGCGGCCCCGGCCCGCCGGCCUCGUGGGCAGCUCCUCCACGUGGAACGCCCUGGCCUCCUUCCGGAAAAUGGGGUCUUUCAAAAAACUGAAGACCUCGGUCCUCCAGGGAAUUCAGAACCGGGAGGGAUGGGACGCCGCCAAAGAGGGGGCCGAGGAACGCGACCUGGGCAAGGCGGUCCCCAACGGCGCGGCGGCCGGAGCCCCCGCGGGCCGGUGCUCCCCGGGGCCGGGCUUCGCGUCCGACGGCUCGGACCCCGAGGAGCCCGACGACGGCUUCGCGCGCGGCGCCCUCCGGUCCCGCAGCAUCCGCCGCGCCUACGGCCUGGGGCGCAUUCGCCUCCUGGACCCGGAGCCGCCCGCCCCGGAGCCCGCGGCGCGCGAGGCCCCGGCGCGGGAGCCCGAGAGGAACGGCUUCUGCAGGCGGAGCAAGAGUACGGACAGCCUGACCUUCCUCAAGAAGAGCUCCUUCCGGCGGAAGUCGGCCUCGCACCUGGCCGAGCUGCGGCGCGCGCCCGAGAGCCGGGGCCCGCGGAGGACGCUGAGCGGCUCGUCCGCCGACUCCGACAGCUCCGGCGGGGCCCCCGCGGGGCCCAGGCGCUGCAGGAGCCCGCUGCGGGCCCCGGACCUGGCCCGGGUGCUGCGGCUCGUGGGCGGCGGCGCGGCCGGCCGGCUGGGGGACCCCGGGGGCGCCCCGCCCGGGCCGCGGCCGUACAGCCGGCUGCACGACGACUACUCCCGCCGCGCGGUCGCCGGCCCCGAGCGCGGGCGGAGGGGCGCGGAGCCCCCGGACCCCGGCCUGGCGGGUGCUGGGGGCUCGGCCCGGGACGCGGCUGCCGGAGGUGCCGCUCCUCGCGCCCCCGGCUCUUCCUCCGGGCCCGCGGCCCGGGAGGUGUCGGACAGAGGCUCCAAGGAACCGGGCCCUGGCGACCGGUCUCCCCUGGAGCCCGAGCCUCCUCUCGGCCCUGCGAGGCCCACCACGCCCAAGCCCCCCAGCCCUCGGAGCCCCGACGCAGCCCCUGCCAAGUGUCCCAACAGUGUCAGCGCGCUGUCCCUGAGUUCAGUGGACAGCGAGGAAAGGGCAGAGGGGCCCGUCCAGAGGGAGCAAGGUCCCGGGUCCUUCCAGGAUGCGCUGCAAACCGCCUGUGACCUGGGCAGUGAGAACAGCGGCGCCGGCAGCCACCCGCAGCAGAGCCUCGGAGGGGCGAACUGUCCAGAAGAAAAGACGGAGGAGGUUGUGACCGAGGGGUCCUGGAGGCGGACCUCCGCACCAGAGGAAGAGAGGCCGGAGGCUCAGAGGGUCCCCAGGAGGAGAUGCGCACCCGGGAGGAGGCCGAGGCCCCGACCACUCUCUGACUACGGCCAGCCGGUCAGCCUAAGUCUGUCCAUCCCUGAAGACUCGAUCGCCGUAGACCCCCAGAAAGAGGACACUGAGGACGGUGACCACCAGCCCAACGGGGCCCCCAUCGACCCUGCAGACCAGACCCCUGCUGGGGGCUGCCCCCGGGGGGCGCCGAGAAGACGCCCCAUCUCCGUGAUCGGCGGGGUCGGCUUCUAUGGGAGCAGCCAGGCGGAGGAGGGGGAGGCCAUUCUGCCCCAACCGGCUGCCCGGCCGCCCGUGCCCGCGCACCAGGUGCCGCCCUACCGCGCGGUGUCGGCCCGGCUGCGGCCGUGCGCCUUCUCCCAGAGCACCCCCAUCGGGCUGGACCGCGUGGGACGCCGGCGGCUCAUGAGAGCAUCCAACAUUUCUUCUGAUGGCGGUGCGGAGCCGUCUGCCCUAGCGGAUGACAAUGGCAGCGAGGAGGACUACAGCUAUGAAGACCUCUGUCGGGCCAGCCCCCGGUACCUGCAGCCGGGCGGGGAGCAGCUGGCCAUCAACGAGCUGAUCAGCGAUGGCAGCGUGGUCUGCGCCGAGGCCCUGUGGGACCACGUGACCAUGGAUGAGCAGGAGCUGGGCUUCAAGGCCGGCGACGUCAUCCAGGUCCUGGAAGCUUCCCACAAGGACUGGUGGUGGGGCCGCAGCGCGGACAGGGAGGCCUGGUUCCCCGCCAGCUUCGUCCGACUGCGGGUCAAUCAGGAGGAGCUCUCGGAGGGCGCCAGCGGCAGCCCGGGCGAGGAGCCGGCGGAGGACGCGGGCCGGGGCCGCCACAAGCACCCUGAGAGCAAGCGGCAGAUGCGGACCAACGUCAUCCAGGAGAUCAUGGACACCGAGCGGGUGUACAUCAAGCACCUCCGGGACAUCUGCGAGGGCUACAUUCGACAGUGCCGCAAGCACACGGCGAUGUUCACGGUCGCACAGCUCGCCACCAUUUUUGGAAACAUUGAAGAUAUUUACAAAUUCCAAAGAAAGUUCCUGAAAGACCUUGAGAAACAGUACAAUAAAGAGGAGCCUCACCUGAGUGAAAUAGGGUCCUGCUUUCUUCAACACCAAGAGGGCUUCGCCAUCUACUCCGAGUACUGCAACAACCACCCGGGCGCCUGCGCCGAGCUGGCGGGCCUGAUGAAGCAGGGCCGCUACCGACACUUCUUCGAGGCCUGCCGGCUGCUGCAGCAGAUGAUCGACAUCGCCAUUGACGGCUUCCUGCUGACGCCCGUGCAGAAGAUCUGCAAGUACCCGCUGCAGCUGGCCGAGCUGCUCAAGUACACCACUCAGGAGCACAGCGAUUACAGCAACAUAAAGGCAGCGUACGAGGCCAUGAAGAACGUCGCCUGUCUGAUCAAUGAGCGAAAACGCAAGCUGGAAAGCAUAGACAAGAUAGCACGGUGGCAGGUGUCCAUCGUGGGCUGGGAGGGCCAGGACAUCCUCGAGCGCAGCUCGGAGCUGAUCCACUCCGGGGAGCUGACCAGGGUCACCCGGCAGGGCAAGAGCCAGCAGCGGACGUUCUUCCUGUUUGACCACCAGCUGGUGGCCUGCAAGAAGGACCUGCUGCGGAGGGACGUGCUCUACUACCGCGGCCGCACGGACAUGGACGCCGUGGAACUCGUGGACCUGGAGGACGGCCGCGACGGUGCCCGCACCCUUGGCGUCAGAAACGCCUUCAAGCUGGUCAGCAGGACGGGUGACGAGGCGCACCUGUUCUGUGCCAAGAAGCCUGAGGACAAGGUGCGGUGGCUGCAGGCCUGCAGGGACGAGCGCAGGCGGGUGCAGGAGGACCGGGCGAUGGGAAUGGAAAUUUCAGAAAAUCAGAAGAAACUCGCCAUGUUAAAUGCUCAAAAGGCAGGACACGGAAAGUCAAAAGGCUACGGCGGAGGAUGCCCUUCGGCCCCCCCGCUCCAGAGCCUGCGGCCGGUCCACCAGCGCCACGUCACCGUGCCCGCCAGCCUGCCGCAGCAGCAGGUGUUCGCGCUGGCGGAGCCCAAGAGGAAGCCGUCGCUGUUCUGGCACACCUUCAACAAGCUCACCCCCUUCAGGAAGUGACGCGGGGGGCCGGGGAGGGGGGCGCCGUGCCCCUCCUGGGCCCCAUCCAAGGAGUCUACUCCGCACGGGGCAUGGGGAUCCGGUGCUGAAAACCUCCCCUGGGGACGCGGUGAGGAGACCUGGCCUCGCCGGCGGUCGCAGAGGCCCAGCUGCCUUCUCGGGAGGGAGGGGGGCAUGACGCACAGCUCCAGUGUCGCCUGGGCCGCUCCCCGCCGCCGUGAGCCUACCGAGGCGGCCGCCGCCGGGGAACCGGGGUGGGCUCUGGAGAUGCUGGGCGGGGAGCCGGGAGCAUGGCCGAGGAUGAGCUGCGGUCCACGUCCCGGGCGGGGCUCCCCGAGGAGGAGAGGCGGGGCCACUUUGCCUUCGGUCUUGAAGGGGAGGGGAGCGCCGGGGUCAGGGGGUGGCGGGCGGUGACCGCAGCCCCGUCGGGGCCCUGGGGUCCCCUGGCGUCUUCCGCAUUCACGCAGUCGCCAGAUGGUGGGCGGGCCUCUCCCGCAGGCUCCUGCGCACGUGGUCCGGGGCCCGCGGUGCACAGAGACCCACGCGCUCCCAAGACGCCGUUGCUUUCGCGGGGCAGAGAGCCAGCUGCUGGCUUUGUACGCUUGUCCCCGCCCGCGUGCCACUCCCCGAGCAGAAACCUGAGAAACUUCACGCACGUGCACUUCCAGUAGGAAAACCCAUUUCCUGUAGUUUGAUGACGAAGUGAACGUGCAGACCUCCCAGCUGAAACGUGUCCUUAAAAGAGCGUCCGCGUGCCUGUUCCUCCCUCUGCCUCCGUCCUCGCCGGUCAAGUGACAGUGACACGUACCUUCUUCCACUGAAAACCAGAGGCUCCAGGGUCCUGCUUCCUCCAUGUUUGAAGCCGACUUUGUCCCACAGCCCCGAGCAGUAGUGUCCGCCGUGCCAUGAUUAGCAUGUCGACAGGUUUCUGAAGAUCGGUUCCGUAUGGAAGAGACCUCACGAAAUAGACCCAGACUCAGAGACAGCAGCCUUCUCUAGCGAAAGCCACGCGGCAGACGCCGGUCAGCGGCAACCUCCUUGCCGUUUCUAGAUGGUAAAUUCUGAUGAAAACGGCUUUUAAACGUGCCGGGAGGAAACAGGCUCUGCCAGAGAGUCACCCUUCCAUUGACCUCAUGCACCGGGCGGGGGUCCUGUUACAUGUCUUGUGGUUUUCUACUCGGGAAUCUCUUCUUGGUGUUGAAACCUCGAAAGUUCUCUUUUCUACCCAGUUCCUGCUUGAGAAUAAACACACCUGUACGGUCCUAACAGAGGGGACACCUGAGACUCCAGCUUCCCAACAGAGGGACAGGAAGCACGGACACCAGGGCACGUGGUGACAGUCCCUUGGUCAGAUGUCCAUCCUAGGUGGCUCCUGCUUGGAUUUCCAGGUGAUUUGAAAACUGCUAAAGUGCGUUUACAAGGAUAGAACGUCCUUUGUCCUCUUUAAAUUUGUGUGUCUAGCUUGGGUUUAUUAGCAAAUGCCUGCGUUCUCUACAGAAUAGAUGGCUCGGUGUUCUGUUUUUACAUUUGCCGAACUUCCUUCUUGAUUUCUCACAUGUUCCACUUGGAGAGAAAAAGAGAAAAAACGAAAAGCCCCCUGUACAGGUUGUGUAUGAAUUUCACUGGGAAUCUCGCUUUCUCUGUCUUUUUCUCUUUUUAACACUACACUGCGUGAUAUCGGUGGACCGCCCCCCCGCCCCCCCCCAAAAAGAUGGCAUAACAUUUUGAUGAAUUUCAUUUACCCUAUCAUGUUUCAGAGUUUGCCAACUCUGUUGAAAGACCUUUGAAAUGGCCUGAGGUCCAAAGCAGCCUUCUCGGUUUUUGAUGAUGCCUAACAUGUAUAACAGCCUUGCAGUAGAUUGUAAGCAAUCGUACAACAGAAUACCUGUGAAGUCCUGGAGAAAUGGCAUUCUUUGUCUUUGGCCUGCAAACUGGAAGAAGAGUGGCAGGGAUUUGCCAGGGCUUUCCUGGGACACCUUCUGUGUCUCUUGCUCUCGGUACAUCUGAUCUCUUCCCACCCCCCUGCCGUAGACCUGAUUUUGUAGUUGAAAACAUUUCACCCCCAUCUCCACGCUCCUUCUGAAUAUCGUCGUGCCUUUUUAUUCAUAAUACAAAGACUGAGCUCCAUGCCUGUUCAGAAAAUCCCCUCAAUCCUACAUUGCUGUUGUCUAGGCACAGAGCAAAAGUGCAUUUAAUUCAAAACCUGUUUCACAAUAGAAAUCUUUUGUAAAAGCCAUGCGCCAGCAUUUUAUCGGUUGGAAAUCUCUACAGGCCCAGACCGCUGAUUCUCCUCAGUGCAGAUCAACUUAGUUACCAAGCCAGAAUAGAAAAAACCCGACCACCUGAGUUAGGGAAGAAAUUGCGGUGUAAUAUUUUAUUGAGGAGAGGAGAAACAGACGUGUCCCUCACAGUUCAGUGCCAACAAGCGUGGAUAAAUGUGGCUCACAGGCCAGGGAUGCCGGGCACACAUCGAGAAGGCCAAACUGCCCCAAAGCAGUUGUCCCCGUAAUAAGCUUGGCCCGCAAGUUGUUCUCCCUGUUAAAAUUUCACCUGGCUGACGCUGCUUUUCUCAGGAUGGAUGCAAGGAAGGUGGAGUCCAAAGGAUUCUGAAAAUAAUAAGUAGAAACUGUGUGAUCUUGAAAAAAAAAACCAAACCCAGGAGCAUAAAUAUCGGAUGCAAAUUUAGUAACCACAAACUUAACAUUACUGUCUUUAGUUUUUUAUUAGGUAUCUGACACUUGAAUUUAGAAAAUACUGUAACUGAUUCUGCAAUUUAACAGUUGGUCUCUUUUUGUAAAUAUUAGCAUCCACGGUGUUUGACUUACCUACUUCGCAAGGCUUUUGGUGACCUGUUCCUUCAAUUCUAACUCACCAGCAUCAAGGUGAUGUUAUCUGUAUAGGUCAAGUGACAGCUUCCAGACGAAGUGGCUGUUGACAGCUGAAUUGUGUUGUACAAGAUCGCUGUAACUUGAUAUGUGUUUUCUCUGAAGUUUUUGUAAAAAAA